GCGAUGAGCUGGUUCUGCUGUUUGUGCCGCUGUUAAAAUAAAAAAGACGAAACAAAGUGUCCCACUUCGAAGCCGGUUACGCGCAGUCAGGUGGGACUCCGUGCGAGGCAGUGUCUCCCGUGCAUGAGCUUCUCACAGACAUCUCACGUGCACGUGGAGAGCAGCUGGUCAGCUGUGCUGCCGGACGACACCUCCGCUCACUCCUCUCCUGUCUGCCAGGGUGGCCAGGGCGAGAAGGGGGCUGCUGAUGAAAGUGUGGGUGCCGUCUGUGAGAGCGGGGGGGCGCAAGAGCAGAGAGACCCGGCCGUCCUGAGUGGUGAUGAGGACAAGAAGAAGAAAGACAAGAAGGACAAGAAGAAGGACAAGAAGAAGGACAAGAAGAAAGACAAGAAGGACAAGAAGAAGAAAGGCAAGAAGAAGGACUCCAGCUCCUCGUCUUCCUCGGACAGCGAGUGUGAUAAAAAGAAGAAGAAGAAGAUGAAGAAGAAGAAGAAGAAGAAGAGGAAGAAGAAGUGCUCCAGCUCGAGCUCUUCCUCCUCAUCCAGCUCCUCCUCUUCCUCAGACAGCGAGGACGAGGAAAAGAAGAAAAAGAAAACCAAGAAGGACCAGAAGCAGGGAGAGGAGCAGAGGGGCGCUGGGGAGGCGAAGCAGGGGAAGGCCGAGGAGACACCCGGAUCCAAGGACUCGGAAUCGCAGAAGCAGGGGGGCGCGCCGCCCGGGGAGGUGACGGACUCCGGGGCAAGAGGCGAGGCAGAGCUGGGAGGCGGAAGGCAUGUGCUCUUCAGGUGGGAGGGGACGUCGCUGUCGGGGGAGACGGUUCCGUCAGGGAGGCCGGAAAAGCCGCCAGGCGUGUUCGGCGCGCCGGCCCCCGAGAAGCAGGCCGUCCCAGUCAGCCUGCGGGCCGGAGAGCACACUCUGACCCCGUACGAAUCGCUCACGUCAGGGAAGUCAGCCCGGCCAAGCGGGAUCCCCAUGAGCCCCAUCGAAUCGCUCAUGGGGGGCCCAACGGCCCGAGACAGGGACACAGCCAGGAACCAGGACAGGGUGACGGCAGGGGGCACUGUUCUCUCGGUCCCGUACAGAGGAACAGUGAGGUCCUCAGAACUGCUGAAGGGCCCCAGGCCGUACCCCUCCGAGUGACACCCGGGGUGACACGAGGUCACCACAAACCCCAUUGUCAAUGAAACACAGAAAUCAAGUGUAGAACGACGGGCUUCCCAGCACAAGAAACAUAGGAAAUCACAAGGAUGAGUCCCCAUCAGCAGAGUGGGUAGUGGGCGCACUGUGUCUAGCAAAACAGCUGUAUAGCAAUUCUCACACUCUAUAGAGUGCCGUACUCUAUAUAGCGAUUUUCAUGCCAAAACGUUUUCCUUGUUUUGCCUGAUUGAAUUUAAACAGUGUAACAACAACAUGAUUUUCAAUGUGCAACAUCUUGUCUGGAUUUAUAAUAAAAUAUGAUUGAUCACAAA